CUUGCUUUUUGGGAAGCAAACUCUUUAAUUAUAUCAUCUGUAUUAAUUACCUUCAAAAAUCACUCUCUGAACACAAAACCAUAAAACUAUUUAAAUAUUCUUGAGAAAAGGCAAGAACAGCUCUUUCAGCCGAACAAUUUGCAAUAGGUACCUAUGGUACAAUCCGCCAGUGGCAUUAUUUGAUAUCUGUCAUGGGCUCGGGGCCAUGCCCCCAUGCCCCCCCUUAAUUCGGGCUUGGCUAUAGUGUUCGUUAUUUAAAUAGAAGGGUUCAAUUGAAUUUUGUGUUCUAGAUUUUUAUAACAUGUACAAUCAAAUCCAGGAGACGGAUUUUAAACCAAGUCCUUUAAAUUGGUGCGCGAUUAACGUUUGUUACGAAUCAUUAAAAGAGGCUGGUUUUUUGGACGUAUCAGCUAAACAAAAUAUUAAAGGCUUCCUAUCUAAGUUUAAACUAACAGAAACGUAUGGAUAUAUAUAUGAGUUUUAUAAAUACCUCGAAAAUCUCCGUACACAACCAAGGGACGAUUAUCAAAUAGUUGACCCUAUUGGCAGUAGAAUUGAAAUUAAAGUUGGAUAUCUAAGAAAUUGGUGUGGUGCUCAAGUUUGUCACGCUGAUUUAAUUAAUGAAGGUUAUAUAUAUGAGCAUGUGGUGGAUAAUUACAUUUAUGUAUUACCAUCAAUAACAAAAAAAAUUUCAAGUGGACAGAUUUUGUCUAAAUUUGUUAUAGAUUUCACUGACUAUUUGGAUUUUACUAUAAAUGUGAACCCGGAAAGGGAUUAUAUAGAACCUGCUACAUACGAUAUUCUUGCAAACAUUUCGCCGAGAAGCCCACUGGAUUGGUGUAAAUAUACUGUUGUGCCUUACAAUAUACCUUUCCAAUGAAACGUAGAAAAAGAUUAAAUUUACUCCUAUAAAAACUUAAAAAAAAAAAAUAAAUAAAUAAUUGUAUUUAAUAAAAUUAAGUUCUUAUCAGUUGGUAUAUUUGCUGUGUAAUAUUCAAUCAAGAUUUAUUUUUCAAUUCCCGAUUUUUUUCAUGUCAACCUAUUACAAAUAUUCGAUUUUAUGCCCCUCCAACCUGCAGUACUUACAACACAUGUCGUAUAUUGUAGACAGUCGUCACUGUAAUAUUAUUUAAUGUACACAUAAUAUAGGUAGAAAUUAAUUUAGCAAAUUAGAUAUUAAUAUAGGUCAGGCCAAUGAAGCAAGAUGUGCUGAGGCAGCAAUAAUAUUCUCCUUUGUAACACCGCCGUACGCGCAUGCUCGGGCAGUCCCGUUGUCGGCGAGUGAUUCAGUGAGGGCUACGUAGGUACGACGAUCGAGCGUGUGAAACGUCGAUUCUAGUACGGACCAAGUAUUUUUAAAAUAAGUGAAUUAUUUAUGUUUGUUUCGAUAUAAUAAAAGUGUUUCCGACUUGAAAA